AUGAAUGAUUAUAGACAAGGUCUUGGUCUUAAUCGACGAAUGGAACCAUCAACAACAUCGAUGGGUAAAUUUUUUUCAAAUCGUCUUCGAGAUUCACUUCAUUUUGGUGGAGCACUAACAACAAAUGAAAGAGAAAAUUUUGAUCAAACAACAGCUGAUUAUGAAGCAACACCUGAACCACCGAUUAGUUUAUAUGAUAUUAAUCGUCCUAUAGUAACACCAUCAUCAACAUCAUCAACAAAUGAAACAUAUUUUACUCAUACAACACCUGAUAUACAUAAAUUUUCUCGUCGAGUUGAACUAUCAUCUGGCUAUAAUAUAUUAAAAAAUCGUACUAGUUCACGUCCAACACGUUUACCAACAUAUUUACAAGGACGUACACCACUUGCCCAAUUAAAUCCAUUACCAACAACAAUAACAACAACAGCAACAACAAAUAGUGCAGAUGAUAGUCGUCAACGACGUUUAUCAUUUACUGAUCAUAAUCGUGUACAACAUUUGGCAUAUAGUCAGCAACUUUUACAACAAUUUAAUAUUGAUGGUACUCGAAGACCAUUUUCAUCGGAUAGUCCAUUGCCACCUCCGUUACCACUACCACCAUCAGUCGCAACAGUAUCAACUUCUCAUUAUACAUCAUCUGCUCCACCGGUACACAAUCGUACAGCAUAUGAACCCAUUGAACCAUUGAAAUUAGUUUCAACACAUGAAGAUCAUUCUAUAGCAGAAUUAUCACGUGAGUUACGUGCUGCUGCAUAUCCCACAACAAGAAAAUCUUCAAAUCAUUCUCCAACACGUGAAACAUCACCAAAUACAACACGUUAUUCAACUCGAAUCAAUUCUAAACGUGUACCACCACGUUCAUUACCUAAAAUACACGUAAAUGACCAACAAACAUCAAUAUCAAAUAUUAAAAUUUCACAUUUAUAUCAUCAUCAUGAACCAGAAAAAAAUGUAUCCAUAACAGAAGAUCGUUUACAAAGUUCAUCAACAGCAUCAUUAUUACUUGAUCAAUUUUUUAAUUCAGAACAAAUACCAAGAAAAGAAACAAUAACACAAACACAUGAAAUGAUUUCUAUUAGCAAUGAAAAACCAUCACAUCGUGAACAUUCACAACCAACUGCUACUUUAAUGAAAAAUUCUUCAAUAUCAAAUGGUACUGAUGAUACUACAAUGUCAUUUGUUUCGAAGUAUGCUCGCUUAGCUCCUAUUGUAUUAUCUCAACCUUUUCCAACGAAUAGAAACUCUUCCACAAUUGCUGUUGAUGAAAAUAUAUCUAAUAUAAAUCGUUCAUUAAAUAUUGAAAUAAAUCAUCAUGAACAAACAUUUGAUACUCUUCAUGAUUUAUCGUCAUUUCAUAAUGAAAAUUCCAUUAUGACUGACGAUUUACUUCAAACAUCUGAAAUGAUUUAUGCUGAUUCGACAAUAGAUGAACAUGAAGAAAAUUAUUCUUAUGUACCAUUAAAAGAACAAAUGAGAACUAUAAAUAAUAUUCCAUUACUUGAAUUAGAUGAACUUGAAACAAGUAGUGACAUCAGUGAAUCACAAUUAGUACCAAUUAUAUAUGCAAAAGAUUUAGAAAAUGAAAUUGGUCUUUUACAAAAGGCACAUUUACUUAAGCAACAACAACGAUCAAUUGCAAUGAAUAGUGAAAAUGAAAGAAUCAAUGAUAAUAAUUCAGUACCACCACCAGCUAAUAUGGAGUUAUUAAAUUUUGAAGCACUUGAAGAAGAAUUUUCUGUUUUACAACGACAAGAAGAUACACCAUUACCAUCACCAACAAUUCCAUCAACAAUGAUGGAAAUAUCAUCUUCACCAAUACCAACAAAAUCUGAAUCUCCAAUACCAUCAUCAGAAAUUGAAACACCAUUAACAAAUAUUUUACAACAUAGUAUACUUGCACAUAAUCAUUUAUCACCAUGGUUUAAAUUACCAACAGAACUUUGGUUUAAAAUUUUACCUUAUUUAAAUACAAAUGAAUUACAUAAUUUUUCAUAUGUUUGUAAGCGUUUUUAUUUACUUGUACAAGAUCAAGCAUGUCGUCAUCGAAUAAUAAUUAUUCGUCGAACAGAGUUAGAACAAAUUUGGUUUGAUAGUAUUAGUCGACGUAAACCUAUUUCACUUUCAUUUAUUAAAUGUCGACAACAAAAUCUUGAAAAUUCGCAACAACAAAAUGAAAAUAAUUCCGAGAAUAUUAAAUGGCUUGAGUUUUUUCAAACAAUUGGUUCAACUCUUAUGGAAUUUACCAUGACUGGUUGUUAUCAUGAACCGUUUACACCUAAUACACUAUUACCAAUAAUAGUACAAACUUGCUCAAAUCUUUUAUCACUUAAUCUUCGUUGGAAUAAUAUAACAGAAUCAACAUUAAAUCAUUUAACAACUUAUUCACAAUUUAUUCAUUUACAAACACUUGAUUUAACUGGUUGUCAAAUAUUAGAUGAUACACUAUUAAUUAAUAUAUUUAUUCGUACAGAAACAGAUUUUCAUUUAAAAAAUCUUAUCCUUCAUGCAUGUACAAAUAUAACAUGGAUAAGUCUUGAUACAAUAGCUAUUUGUAUUCCAAAUUUAAUUCAUUUAAAUGUAAGUCGUUGUAUUGGUUUAAAAAAUCUUUCAUCAAAUCAAAAUUCAACAUGUUUUCAUUAUUGGCCUAAACUUGAAUAUAUUGAUUUUGGUCAACUAUUAACAUUAAAUGAUCAAGAUCUUACAAUUGUUUUUGAUAAUUGUAAAUAUUUAAAUAGUUUAAUAUUGGAUGAUUGUAUUAAUUUAACAGAUCACACAUUAAAUAGAUUAACAUCUGAUGUUCAAAUGAUUAGUUUAAAUAAUUGUACAACAAUAAGUACGAAUAUAUUUUUAAAUCUUAAUGAACAGUGUCCAAAUUUACAUACUGUAAAUUUAAAUUCUAUUAAUAAUUUUAAUGAUAAUUGUUUAUUAAAAUGGUCCGAAAAGCCAUUUGUUCAAUUAAAAAAUUUAAUACUUGAUAAUUGUACAGAAUGUACAGUAAAUGGUAUUGAAAAAUUUCUUGAAAAACAUUCCAAUUUACGAAAAUUAUCAUUAAAUGGUAAUGUGAUAUUAAAUCCAAUAGAACAACAAACAUUAGAACAGAAAUUUCCUAAUAUAAAAUUUGUCUUUCAAUAA